GACUGGGUUCGACUUGUGGGGGUCGGUGAUUGCUGUGGGCGUGGUGUCUACAAUGUACACAGCACUGGGCGGGAUGAAGGCCGUGUUGUGGACCGACACCUUCCAGGCCGGGAUCAUGUUUCUCGGGCUCGUCGCGGUCCUCAUACGGGGAUCCAGCGUCGUGGGGGGAUUCGGGAACGCCUGGUCCAUAGCGAACGAUCGGUCCAGAGUCGUCUUUGACGACUUCGACCCCGACCCUUCAGCCCGUCAUUCCUGGUGGGCGCUGGUAGUAGGCGGCGGUUUACUGUGGAUGUCGCUGUACGGAGCCAACCAAGCCCAGGUUCAGAGAGCCGUUUCCUGUCCGAGUGUCAGGAAGGCACAGUUGGCGAUGUUGGUGAACAUACCGGGACUCUUCUUCCUCAUCAGCAUGUGCUGCAUGAUCGGCAUCGUGAUGUUCGCCUUCUACUCCGACUGCCACCCCAUCAGCUUCAACAGCCUCAUCAGUAGGACAGACCAGCUGGUGCCGUUGUACGUGAUGGACAUCCUGGCAGACACGCCUGGCGUCCCUGGCAUCUUCGUGUCCAGUCUGUUCAGUGGCAGCCUCAGCUCGCUGUCCAGUAACCUGAACGCAAUGGCGGCUGUCAUCCCACAAGACAUCAUUAGACCCUAUUUCCUCCCUCAUCUCACUGACCGGAAGGCCACCAUCAUGUCAAAGGUGAUAGUGCUAGUGUCUGGAGCAGUAAUGAUAGCCUUGGCGUUCAUGGUGUCACAGAUGGGAACGGUGUUACAGGCCUCCUACAGUGUCUACGCCAUCAUCAACGGUCCCGUGUUCGGUGUCUUCGUUCUGGGCAUGUUCUUCCCUUGGGCGAACAACGUUGGCGCAAUUGUCGGAUUCUGUGUUUCAACCCUCUUCAUGUUUUGGGUCGGCAUUGGAGCUUUCGUUACCAAGGCAACUACAAGCGUUAAGUCUCCUCUUCUCACUCACGGUUGCAACUGGAACGUCACAAGCACAACAACAGCAGCUAAUCUGUCCACAAUGUCAAGCGGAAACCUGACAGACACACUUGCCCAAUCAUCCGAAUCAAGCGAUCCCUUCCACGCAAUGUAUACGCUGAGCUAUCUGUAUUACACCCCUACAGCCAUGACGAUCCUGGUCAUCGUCGGACUCAUAGUUAGUUUUAUAACAGGUCCCCGGGAACCAUCGAGUAUCGAUCCUCGUCUCAUCUGUCCUUUGUUCGACCGCCUCUUCCCCUGUCUGCCUGAGGCGAUCCUCAAACCCCUCAGAUUUGGGGUCAACCACAAAGGGAAGUACGACCUAUCAAUGACCAAGUCAGAGGAUCCUGUUGAACAUGCAACUGGACAACAGGUUGGUGUUGUUGAAGAUUCACCAGGUCGGCAGCAAACAGAUAUGAUCUCCAAGCCAGGAGACGAAUGCGGUGAUAACCGUCUGGGCUUCCAGGGAGAUGAAAAUUCGCUACAUCGCGACAGUGUUGUGUAGCCUGUGGACAUUUGUUCAUCACUGAACGUUACAACCUGAUGAAUACGUAUCAGAAUCUAUUCUUACUCAGACGGAAUUGGGGUGAUAGGAAACGACAAUCGAGGACCAUUGUGUACGUUUUCAUGGAC